AUUUAUCUUGCAGGCGGCAGCGGAGAUGGCAACCUCGCUGGAAACGCGCGGGGGAGCCUGAGCCGGCAGCCGGGGACGCACUGCUCCUUGUGCUCCGUCGCCAGCCACGCCGCCGCGCAGACCCUCCAUCUUCCUGCUCGGCUCCAGGCCAGGCUCGCCCCUGCCCCCGAGGUGGGGUGGGGGUGCGGCUCCCGCUUCCCCCCGGGGCUCCAGGUCGCUCCCCACCUCCGCGACUCAACUGCCUGGGUCCCCCCUCCCCCGCCACACACACACACUCACAAGCGCCCGCGAGCACACACGCACGCACACACACACUCACACGCUAGCGGGCUGCUGGCCGCUCAAUGGACCGAUUUCCCCGGUUUCCCUAAACCCAGCCUUAGCCCGGGAUGAGAAAUUGCAAAAUGGCCCGAGUCGCCAGUGUGCUAGGGCUGGUCAUGCUCAGCGUGGCCCUGCUGAUUUUAUCGCUCAUCAGCUACGUGUCCCUGAAAAAGGAGAACAUCUUCACCACUCCCAAGUACGCCAGCCCGGGGGCGCCCCGAAUGUACAUGUUCCACGCGGGAUUCCGGUCACAGUUUGCGCUGAAGUUUCUAGACCCGUCAUUUGUGCCCAUUACGAAUUCUCUCACCCACGAACUCCAAGAAAAACCUUCUAAGUGGACAUUUAAUCGGACAGCGUUUUUACGUCAAAGGCAAGAAAUUCUUCAGCAUGUCGAUGUAAUAAAAAAUUUUUCUUUGACCAAGAAUAGUGUUCGGAUCGGACAACUGAUGCAUUAUGAUUAUUCCAGCCAUAAAUAUGUUUUCUCCAUUAGCAAUAACUUCCGGUCCCUGCUUCCAGAUGUGUCACCCAUUAUGAAUAAGCGUUAUAAUAUUUGUGCUGUGGUUGGAAACAGUGGAAUCUUGACAGGGAGUCAGUGCGGACAAGAAAUAGAUAAAUCAGAUUUUGUUUUUCGAUGCAACUUUGCCCCGACGGAAGCUUUCCAAAAAGAUGUUGGAAGGAAAACCAACCUUACAACCUUCAACCCCAGCAUCCUGGAAAAAUAUUACAACAAUCUUUUAACCAUUCAAGACCGUAACAACUUCUUCCUCAGUUUAAAAAAGCUUGAUGGGGCCAUUCUCUGGAUCCCUGCGUUUUUCUUUCACACUUCUGCAACUGUAACCAGAACGUUAGUUGACUUUUUUGUUGAGCACAGAGGUCAGUUAAAAGUCCAGUUGGCUUGGCCUGGAAAUAUAAUGCAACAUGUCAACAGGUACUGGAAAAACAAACACUUGUCACCCAAACGGCUGAGCACAGGUAUUCUGAUGUACACUCUUGCAUCUGCAAUAUGUGAAGAGAUCCACUUGUAUGGAUUCUGGCCUUUCGGAUUUGACCCCAACACCAGGGAGGAUCUUCCAUACCAUUACUAUGACAAAAAAGGAACCAAAUUUACCACCAAGUGGCAGGAGUCUCACCAGCUGCCUGCUGAGUUUCAGCUUCUCUAUCGAAUGCAUGGCGAAGGGCUCACCAAGCUCACUCUGUCACACUGUGCCUAAGAACUCCAGGUGGAAAGUGCCAAAUGGCUGUUUAAAAGUGCCCCCAAACCAAAUUGAAUAGUCUCCAGAAUAGAACCCCAGAGACAACCUGGCAAAGCUUGUGUGCCACUCACAGGAAAAGAUAUCUUCUCUUCCUCUUUUGCACUGCUCUUUGACUGGUCUUAACAAAUGUAGGACAGGUGCAUUGAAGCCACAUGAAUUAGAGUUGAUUGGUAAAGGUAAUAAUGCAUUUGGAAGUAUGCUGCACAGAGAAUGGCUUGAAAUAGUUCUGAGUUUGUAUUUUAAUAAUAAACUGACUCCCAUAUGGAUGAGGACCAUGGCUCUCGUCUCUUCAGCUCUACGCCAAUACAGUCCUCAUAACCAGAGAGCUCUGGCCAACUGCAGCAGGAUCUCUUUUGCCAGGGGGAUCAGACUCUUCAAAAACAAAAAACUGUGGUUUGCAGAUUGCAUAUCCUCCCUUUCUUUCUCUCUCUUUCUCUCUCUCCUUCCCUCUCUCCAUACCUUCCUCCCUCUCUCCCUCUCCCUUACCCCCCUCUGUCAUACACACACACACACACACACACACACACUCACACACACUUCCUGUUGCCCUACUAGCAUUGGAUUUAAUAAUCUGUUAGGAACAAUUAUGGGUUUGCUUUGCUUGUAUGUGUUUGCAUCUGUACUUGAUGUGUUCAAGGCUCUGGGUAACUUUUGAUAUUUCCUGACAAACUGAAAAAAUCAUGAUGACUUACUUCAUGAUGAAUUCUAUAGGAAAUGCCUCUUUUCAAAUUGUCACUUGUCCAUCCUGUUGUUCUACAGGAGGGUGGUCCAGCUGGGUAGAGCAGCAUAUGCUCUUUUUUGUCACAAAGGAAGCCCACGGUGUGGGUGGCAUUGCAUCUGUUGGCAUGAGUGCAAUUGUGGCAGAUUCUACAAGGGCCUUCUAGCUUAGGCCUUCUGCAGUCUCUAGGCUGGGCACUCUCUCAGAACAAAGAGGCAUUGGGUGUCAUUUAAAAGCCUGGGGACUAUGAAGAGAAGGGAAGAAGAGUGUUUGCAAGUUAUAGACCCUACCAAGUGUUGUGACCAUUUGAGAAGCACAAGAGUUGGUGUGGAAGACAAGCUAGAGCUUUGGCCAGGCUGGCCAUUAGUCACGUCAGCUCCUUUCUGUGACAUCCCCACCAACACCACCUAGACAUGCUUGCUUUCUUUGAGACAGCUAUAGAAACUAUUCUCUGUUCUACUGAAACCAAGUCUGUGCGCCUAUACAUUGAGCAUUUGAAAAAGAAAAGCCUUUAUGCAGUGGCAAGACGUGGUCCUAAAUAACCUUUGGAAUUUGAGAUCAGUUGGCCAUUGUUCUCAUUCUUUCAGCUGUAUCAGUAGAAAUCCCAUCUCAGGCUUUUACACUGAGUAGCACUUUGUUCUUCCAGUUCAACCCCAAGUCUGGCCAAGUUGAUGUUAAAUUUUAAUAAGAGUUUCUUUCCUCUUUCCAAGUGCCUGUGGAGCACAUUUGUUAUAUGUCCCAGAGGGGCAGCUCAUCCCUUUCCAGAAAUCUCAUCUAGAUCGCUCGCAGCGUUGUAAAUAACUUUAAACCAUUGCUACAGUUCGAUCGUCAGCGCAUGGCCCCUCUUUGGGAAGAAACAAUCAUGUCUAAGUGCAGCAAAGAAACACACAGUCCUUGUACUUGGGUACCACAUGGUCCUGAAGCUUCGCUGUUCUUCUCAAAAAGCUAUUCUAUGUAUUCCCAGAUACAAUCUAGUGAAAGAAGACCAUUGAGAUCCAAACACAAUACCAACUGUGGCCCAUCUUACUCCCUGUGAAUGUCAAUCGUUCAGACAGAUGAGAUAAGGGUAAAUAUUUUAAAAUAUGAAUCAUUAACUCUACAGAGAAUAAGAAAAUUAAAAGUAUAAGCUAUUUUUAAAACACUUUAAAAUUCAAUGGUAAUUUCACGGGCAUGCAAAGCGCACCACGGCCCAUACUCUGUCACUUUAAACCACACCAUGGCUGUGCCCUGUCACUUUAAAGAGCACAGGACACUGAGAAUGAUAACUGACAGAACUACGUCAGUUGUUGUCAUGAUUGAAAGGCCUGGCUAUUGUUGAGCACUUAGUUCAUCUGGUUGCAGCUAAGGGAUAUUAAUGCCAAGAUUAUCCAGGGCAGGUUCUGAUUCCAGAGCUUUAAUCUCAAUGUGCCCAUUAGGUCUUACUAAAUAUAAAUCCGGACUCUUUGCACUGGGAAAGAUAAAAUACCCAAAGAUCAGAAGAUCCCCAAGCUAGUUAAUUAUCCAGAGUCUUUUUAAAUUUGAUCUCAUCAAUAAUGGUUGUGGAAGAUUUUGUUUGUUUACAGCUAUUUUUACCAUCAGUUGUACCCUGAACCUGUUGCUCCAAUGGUUUGGAAAUGCAGCCACCAGCUUACCAUACAUUUUUCUUUUCUGUUUUUCAAGGCUAUUUCAAAGUGUAAACCUGUGUAGCUGCUUUCAAGAUGCUCCCUUAUUAGAAAGGCAGGCAGAGCUUGUUGGUUUCCCCAGUCUCCAGGCUUGUAGACUCAAGCACAGUGGACAGAGAAGAGGGACAGCUGAGCUUCCUCUAUGGGUGGUGCCAUUCAUACCUCUGCCCUUCUUGGUUGACCUCAUUUAGUUGGAUCUGGCUAGCAUAUUUCUUUUGUUAGAAUAUUCUCUCUCUCUCUCUCUCUCUCUCUCUCUCUCUCUCUCUCUCUUUGCCUGCUUCGAACAGAGAACACCGUCAGCUAUGUGAAUGAAUUUCACUGUAAAGCCCCCAAGGAUGUCUGAAAAUAACUAAUUAAGUAGCAGAGGAGAAAAGGAAAUCACAAACCCCUAGUGGCCUGCACAUUGCUACACCUUUGGUUUCAUCAACUGUUCUGAGGGUCAUUUUGAUCCUGGGAAGACACAGUCAUAGGCUGGUUGUCCUGACACCCAGAAAUUUAGGGGUUGUGUGUGAAUACAACAACUUGGGAUCCAACCUAGGACCCUGAACAUGAUAGACAGGGUACCAUCAGUCUGCAUUUCUAGAUGUGUUCCUGUUCUAAGUAACUUUAACCAUAUAAAAAUGGUUUAGUGGUGCUUAUGUUGAGCAGUGCCAACUAUGACCACUGAACCAUCUGUCUGUGAUCAUCUGUCUGUGAUCUGAAUAUCAGACAUGGGCUACAGCAAGGAUGUACAAAGAAAGACCCCACUCAGUCACCCAGCCUCCUGAUACCAAUGCUGUCAGUACUGAUGAAUGUGAGUUCCCGGAUAAAACUAAUGUUACAGGGAAUUCAAUGAAUGUAAGUAAAUGCUUUCUAACUGCAGGCAAGGUACCAGACAGGCAGACAGUAACUCGUGGGCCCCACUGAAGCAGGAACCAUGGAAAGGGAGGCUCCAUUGAGUUCUUUAGCCCUUCUUGGCUUUACAAAUAUAAAAAUUGAGAUACAGAGACUAGAGCGAUUAUUUUUCCAAAAAUUCACAUAGGUGAUUUUUGAAGAAGUUAUAUUUCUACACCUUAAUCUUAUCAGGAUCAAAGAUAAGCUCAAAAAAGGGAGAACAGUUUGGAUCUAGAAUCUUUGGAGCACAAACAUAAUGGAGAGAGGCCAUAAGGGAAGAAGGGGGAAAGAUUAUUAAAUGCACUUGCCUGGGUACACAGCAAUAGAGGAGCCGCUUGGCCAGGACACAGCAGUCUGCUGAGAACCACCCACUCUCCCUUAAAAUAAGACAAUCCUCUUGUGAGAUCAUUGUCUGAUAAAUCCCAGCUCAGUUAUUGAUGGUACGUAGCUGACAGCUGAAAUCGUCCCGGAUAACGUGUUCAUCUUAAUAAAAAUCUUGUUUUAACAGUAUGUAUGCACGAUUUAGAAGCUGAAGGUUGGAAGUGGCUGUGUACUUCUCCUUGUGUAUAAUUUUCAGCAGGGGAGCCUGGAGUUAAGAAACGUUCUCCAUGUCCCAAGCAAUUUCAACAACAGGCUUUGAAUUAUUGUAUUAGUUCAGUUUGCUAAGACAGUACAGAGCAUAAUGAGUAACUUCGGUGGUUCUUUGUUCCUUUCAAGCGACAUUCUGAGAACUUUUCUGUAGAGUUCUAGGUCCUUCGGGCCUUCCUUCUCAUAACUGAAUGUAUCAGACAAACAUUUGCUUAGCUCUGCUACUUCCCAAAUGGGUAUAACUGACCUUUGACCAGAGGUGGGGCUGUGUGUGUGACUGAAGAGCUCUGAUGGACUACCAUUGGUGCUGGGAAUUGAGGGCAUCUUGGCCAGUCUGUCUAAGCCGCUUAAUCUGUGGCCCACUUAAUCAAGGCCACUGGUGAGCUGACACCAAGGACCAAAAUGACUAACCCUGCCUCUCUCACACUCUGACUGCUUUGCCACAUAAAGAUAAUGUUUCGAAUGGGGAAAAGUUUUAGAAUGUUAUUAUUUGUUACGUAAUAUGGCUGAACAUUUAUUUUUAUUGUGACGAUUUGUUAAAGAUAUGUGUGGUUGAAUAGGUGUUUUAACCCUCGAUGAAGCUCAGUCUCUUAUUGUUAGAAUCGAUGAGGAGCCAGUUGCUGAGCAACUGACUCCAGUUUCAAGUGACAGUAGGGAGUGGGGGUGGGAAUUAGGACCUGGUGGAUGCCGAUGAUGUGUGAGCAACAAUGUACAUAAUGAGGAACACCUUGAGAUAGAAUUCUUGCUCCUUGAUCCACAUCUCUGAAUCAUCCUAUCCUGAGACAAAUCCAACCUAAAAAGACUCCUGGAUGGUUCUGAUGAGGCCUAUGGAAACUGAGAGCAUAUUUCACAGAAAAAUACACCUAUACCGCUUUGACCAGAGCAUCCCUUGUGUACGUAGUAUCAAAUAUUCCUUAAAGUUAUUAUGGCACAUGAGAAUAUAUACACAGCAUUAAUGAUUCUGCCUGUCAACGUCUGGCCACACUGACCAUCUGCUAAUUUUCAAGUGUGUGGUAGUAAUCUGUCAGUGUAGUCAAAACAGAUACAAGCCAGCAGACAAAAUGAGGAACGUACUUUUGUGGACUUUGCUCCAAGGCUAGUUCUUUUUAUUCCACUAUCUACCUUUCAAAGAGGCAAAUCUUGAGUCAUUCAUCUUUGUAAAUGGAUAGACCAGAAAAACAAGUUAAAUGAUUCGUUCAGAUUCAAUUUGGGAUUCAUUCCCAGAGGCUAAAGUAUGCCUCAGGUGGUCUGAUCUUGGCCUCUGAGCAAUGCCUCAAUGGAGGAAUGUUCCAAUGUUGUGAUAUUUGAGCUAAAAUGAAACCUGUCCCCCGAGCAGAAGAAACUCAUAGAACUAAAACUCUAAGACCAAUGCACUUAAGCAAAGCGGUCAGCCAUUACUAGCUGUCUUGUUCCACCCCCUGCUGGAUAACAUGCCACCAUCUUCAGGAGGUUCGAGGACAUGUUUUUUCUCCCCACUGUCUACAUAAGAAACUCUUGAUCAUCCCAAUAUGCAGGAGCACCUUUGAUUUCCUUCUGUGAGACUGAGAAACAGUUUUACCUCUGCUGUGUAGCUAGGUGUCUGACAACUGCUUUGGUAAACUUCUGCGUUUCCACGUGUACGCAAUCUCAUCAGAACCAACGUCCAGCUGCUAGCUUAACGUCAGCCGGCUCAAACGUGCCCAGGUUCCCCAGAGCCAGCUUUGACAUACGAGCUGGUUUCAGCAUAGCACUGCCCGAACAACUCUGGAUCGGCGAGUAGCUGGUAGGAGUGGCUUUGGGAGAUAUUCAAAUGCCCCUUAUCAACAAGACAGAAAAUCUACCUUGGUCAGUUAGCUAAUUUCUAGAAAAAGAGCAUGUUAUUGUGCCCUCUAGGUGAAAGCUCUGAAGUAUCCAAAUAUUUCUUAGCCAUGGGCUGAUGGGAGUUUCUCCACCAGUCUUCAUCUUAGAAGAUUGUCAUCCAUGGUUUUCCUACUGUCAAGGAGUGACCUUCCAGGUGAACACUCUCUAAUUUAAUUGGCAGUGACAAUCAUGUUCAGAUGAGUUUUUACUUGUCCACUUACUUGUACUCUUCCGGAAACAAAAAAUUCACACGCAUUCAUCAAACUGCAAAGAAGCAGGCUAACAAGAUAGUGUUCCUAGUCCCACGCAUCUGCAAAAGAUCCAUGGCUCAAAGUCUGUAACACAGUGAGGGAAUGCUCAGCCUUGUGCCUGGAGCUUGCACAAGUAAAAAGCUGAGCAUCUCUCUAAGAUCAAGUCAGAAUAAUUCAAAGACACUACUGCGUUUCAGACUUCUGCUGAGCGAACAAGAUUGAUAGAACAAGGUGCCAUGUUCCACUCUCUUCUCAGCUUAGCUAACUCUGUCUGGCCUCUGAAAAAAAAAUCCUACUGAACAGCAUGCUGCCCUGUAGUUCUGUGGCACUGGGUAGCAGAGAUGCUGUCCCUUCACACCAUUAGUUAUGAAUGCACUCCUUAUUGAGGAUCAAGACAUCAAAAACAGUGAUGAGAUACAGAACAAGUCUGGUUUGCAAAGUGAGAGGUUUUUUCUGAUGGGAGUCAUUCUUGGAUGGCUUAAUGAAAUCCUUUGAAAGGCAAUGAUGGGAGAAAAUGUACUUAAUUCCUCAGAUGGUGAAUGACCGUAGAUUUUCGUUCUGCACAGAGUGAAUUAAAAUUAGAUCCCAAAGACCAAAUCUACUUUGCUCACAUAAUGAAAUAUCCAGCCAGUCCCAUAGUUAUUUCUACACAGUAGAUGUUUGAAACUCUUGUUGGACAUUUCUGCAUUAUGUUUAAAAGGCUAACGCGUAACUGUUUUCUAGGAGUUUGAUCUGUUUAUUGUUUCUGAGACAGGGUCUCAUUGUAUAGCUAGGACUGGCCUGGGAGUUACUAUACGGACAUGAGGAUGGCCUCUGUCUCGCAGAAAUCCACCUGCCUCUGUCUUCUAAGUGCUGGAAUUAAAGAUGUGUGCCACAACUCUGGGCACAGUUUUCUGAUUUUCUUAUCAUCACUGAAAUGAGCUUGUUUCUUUGUACUGAGCAAGCUACAUUUUGUUUCAAAUGAGUCAGGUAUGUGUUCAAGGGGAUUUUCAGUCCUCCCAACAAAUUGUCUGUUGGCAUAAUGAGUGUCAUUAACUUCUGUCUCUUUUUCUGACCAGAGGAGAAGUCCAUCGCUACUAUCACAAAAAAAACUUGACAGGAAAACUCAAUUUUAUUAUGAACAUAUUCAUUGCUACACAGCCUCCCCCUUGUUAGAUAAAAAGGUGCAGGAGAAAAAUGGAUAGACAGUGGGAAUGAGGUUUGGCUACAUGAAAUUACUGAGGCACUUGCAAAACUCAGUAGUUUUUGUGACCUUUGAGCCAUAUUAGAAAUUCUGUUGAGCCACAUUUCAGAAAUACAGUCGCACAUGUGUAUAUGAACUGAGUUUUGCCACUAGAGCUCCGUCAGAGCCUAUGGCCAGUUGAGAUUUACUCAUCAGGCAUCAGUAACUGGCACUGAAACCCUCCCAGGUAGGACGGUGAGUGGUUCUCAACCUUCCUAAAGCUGUGAGCUUUGAAACAAUUCCUCAUGUGGCGGUGACCCCCUGGCCAUAAAAUUAUUUUGUUGCUGCUAUAUAACUGUCAUUUUGCUACUGUCAUGAAUUGUAAUGUAAACAUCCGUUGUGCAGAAUAUCUGAUACGCAGUUCCUGUGAAAGGGUCUGUUGACCCCCAAGUUGAGAACCACUGACCUAGGAAAACCACAUCAAAGGACCACAAUGUGAGACCACCAUCUCAAAGGAGCUUAACAGCACAGGAGGCUUCAUGGAUCUAGACCAUUUCUGUUUCAACUGUAGGUCGGCAUCCUCAAUGCUGAGAUUCUGAAGAGACAUCUCUACCCAGCUAGAAUUAAAGCCUUGGAUUUCAUGCUAUGGUUGGAAAUCCGGACAGUUCACUGUAAAAACAUAAAUUAGAAGUCAAGAAAGACAGAAGGACAUGUGACAAUUUCUCACACUUCACUUGUUUUGUUUUAUUCUUUAGUUUCAGUAUCAUUUUAAGGAAUGGAAUAGAAUGAUGUAGAAUAGAGUCCUUUAUAUUGUGAUGAUAAAACCAAAAGGUUAAAAUGUGACAAAAUGGUGAAUGUAAGUUAUUAAAGAAAUAAGCGGGAUGAACAAACAUGCCAGGUGAAAACCUCUUGUUAUUGUCAUAGCAGCCCUUCCCCCACCCUCAUUGACCUAUUUGUUUUGGGAAGUGCCAUUGUAUGUGGAGACACUUUACCCCCACUCAACCACACUGGACAUUUUAUGGUCUUCGAAAGACAUGGGGGGGGGCUUUACCAAUCAGAGUCUCAUUUGUCUUGUGGGAGGCACCCUUACCUGUCUUUGGAAAGAAGCUGCAAGACAAUGAGGGCCACAGAGGCCUGAAAGAAGCCAGCACGUCUGGGCUGAGCACCAUGUAAAUAUAUCCUGCCUUCUAGGUGAGCAAGAAUGACCAUCUUUCACAGAGAUAACUCUGUGUGUGUGUGGUGUGUGUGUGUGUUGUGACUGUACUUUGCGAAGAAAAUACAAAAGUUUGCUUCGACAGCUUCCGAAAUGUACUUGUUAAGUAUGAAUGUGCCUGCCUUGUUGCGCCAUGUGUCAAACACAGUACUGGAUGCAUUGCUUUUAAAUAAACUGUUUUGUUGUGCAUUGGGAAAA